UAUCGCACAGCAGCUUGCCAACCGAAACAAUUUGUGUUUCAGUCAGGACCGAGCAUUUGUGCCAAUAGCAAUUCCAGCCAAUAGGCUCAUCCAUUUGCGUUCGUGUUUUCAUCUGAUUUCUAAAUUUCGUUCCUGGGUGACUGUUGCACGCACCAAAAAAAGAGAAAUAUCUACGAAGGAAAAAAAAAUCUUCACUCUUUUCAUUUCGAUUCAGCCAUUUGAAAAGUUUUCUGUUGGUUCAUAUAGAGUGAGAUUUAAAUUUGAAUCGAAAAAAAUAGGCUUAAUUUGUAACGAAGUUCAGUUGAUAAAGGGAUUGAUUCGAAGUGAUUUUGGUAUCUUUUGUUUGAAAAUCACUCUAUCUAUUCAAUAGUUGCAAAUUGAUUCUUGUCAUCAAGUGAAGCACGUCUAUCCAAUCUAUGUGUCUGGUGCGUGGUGGCUAGAGAAAAAAAAAGACAAACGGAGAUUGAAAAGCUCUUAUGAGGUUUCAUCAGUGAAUAUACAAUCAAUUUCGUUAAUUAAUUUGCAUCCGCACACAGACUGAUUGUGUACUCGCAGAAAAUACAAAAAAGAUAAUUGCAUCAUUCGAUUUCCUGUUCAUUGGUUAAAGACAAUUAGAUUUAUAUAUUUUCGCGUUGUAUCUCUGCUGCUUCUGCAAAAUUUCGAAAAAUUUAAAACGCUGAUAGCAAAAAAAAAAGACAGACACAAACCAAACGACUCCAUCGAACGAAAAAUUCGAAAUAAACGAGAAUACAAAUCACAAAUUAAACAACCAUUUAUUACAAAAAAAGAACGAUGGUCGUAAUUGUACAAGUGGCAAAUGUCUCUCUAUAGUGGAAUGACAAGUGAAGCAACAAGCUGUGUCGUCGACGAUACCAUAUAAUGGAACAGAUUUCAACAGAACAAACAUUGAGACGAAAAAAACCAAUGUAAAAGAGAAAAAAAGGAACCGUUGUGUACAAAAUCAUUUCUUGAAAUCUUGAAAAUAUAGGACACACAAAAACGAAAGAAAACAUACACCAAUUUGACGGAGAAAAUAUAGAUACAAAAAAAAACCGUGAACAAAAAAGAAUUGAUAAAAAACAGCGAGUGAGUGUGAGGAAACAAAAGAAAAAUAUAGAAAAACGCGAAUAUCUGUUUAUUGAUUUCGGCCAAAAAAGAAAUAUUAUUCAUAUGAGGCUUAGAUGGUGCCUGUUGCUUUUGCCUACAUUGAACAUAGAAAAUUUAAAACAGAAACAAGUAUCAUAAUUUCUCCUGAGCAACAUCUUUAUGAAUUUAUGUGAUUUUUUUAUUAAAAAAGACGUGUAUUUGUAUGAGGUGCAAUUCAAUUUUCAUCCUUGAAGUCGCGUAGCAGCAUCAUCAAUAUUUUUUUUUGGAUUUAGUCAAAAAGUUCGUCAGGCCAAGCCAAACAACCGAAAAUAAGCACCUUUUUUUUUGAAAAGGAACAUUCAACACUUGUCCAUAGGUCCCGCUUUGAAAAAUCAACACAUUGACAUCAAUGGAGCAAUCAAAAAAUCGCCUGCGAAAUCCACAGUUUGGGUCGAGUUUCAAUGCACAGGAUGGAUUCAAAAUUGUUGUGGAAGAGUCAAAUAAUUUUGAUGACAAUGAUGUGGCCACCAAUAGCACAAAUCAAUCAACGCCACGUGAUAGUUUAGACAUAGGCUCACCAAUAAACCCCUAUCUAUUGUCACCAUGGCGAGAAACGCGAAAACAUUCGCUGCCAUCUCAACAGGUGACAGAAGGAAUAACAGCGAGCCAAGUGCGUCGUCUGUCGGAACGAGGCGGCGAAGGAUCGGGACCGUCACCAAGGGAAGCGGAAUUUUUAGCUACAUUAUCACAAGCGCCACAGCCAUCCGGUCGACGACAUUCAGUUGUAACCAUAUCGAAGGUUCCAUUUUCAGUGUUUGGACGCGGACGACGUGAAAGCGUUGCAGCAUUUCCAACAGGCGGUCGAGUGCUGGCUUCACGACGAGAGAGUCAACAAUCAACUGGACCACCAGCAACCGAUCCUAUAGGCAGCAUUCACAAUUUACAGUUGGACAUAAUGGAUGAUAUUGUUCAAGCGCGAAAGGCUCGAAUGAAAUUAUGGAAUACAAGCAAUGAAAAAGUGUGCGAAGUUCAAACUUACAGCGAUGCAGGUAAUUCGAGUGCAACACGAUAUACAAAUCGGCGAUAUUCCGAUUUUGUUGGUUCAACACCAUUGGCACCAAUACCAGCCGCAUCAUUGCGACGCGCUUCUGAAAUGCCAGUACCAAUAUUGACACCAUCAACAUCUGCCGCUGCCAAAUCGCCUUCGACAAGCUUUUUCAAACGAACUGGCAUCGCUGUUACAAAUACCGAUUUCAAAUCAUUAAUUACAUCGCUGGCAUCGUCGGCAACUGAAAUCAAUAAAGUGGAUGACACAUCACCGGGCAAAACAAAACCAUCAACAUCAUCUUCAAAUACAUUAGCACCCGACCAAGGUAUAUCAAGAUCGAAUCGAUCAAAUAGUUUUGAUGUGUCCAUUUUACACAAUGCCAAACAAAUGGUGACCGGAAAUUCGAGCGACAAAUCAAAUGCGGCAUCAUUAUCGGGAUGGUUUGAAAAGCGUCAUCAACCAAUGUCACGUAAAAAAUCAUUACGGAACACCGCCAAUGUAACGGUCUCUUUUUCCAAAGAAGUAUUCGAUCGUUUUAAGGAAAAGGAAUUGCAAAAAGAGAAAAAAUCAAAGAGUCAUUUUCGUUGGGACAAUAAAAGUGCAUUUGUCGACCCGCACAUCAUUGGCAAUGCGAUUGAAGGAUUUUUACGAAAAUCGGCUCGCCAUGGAAAAGAUUCACGUUCAAAACGUAGCGGUGGCGGUUCGUCGUCGUCAUCAUCGUCAUCAAAACCAUCGUCAUCGUCGAGCUUUUGGUUUGGUAAAAGUGAUGAAGACGAUUCGAAGGAUUCGUGCGAUUCGUCAUUGUGCUCAACACUCAAGGAUCUAUUUGUAAAAUAAUAUACCUGGGGAUUCAACUUGAGAUGAUAAAACGUAUGAAUACAGAACCCAUCAAAAUACUUUAAGCAGAUGAUACUUCAGUGUCUACUUAAUUUCAUUCACUUAAACAAAGAGUUACAAACGCAGAAGUGCCAGAGAAUUUGUUUUCGUUUCUGAUAAAUCACCAAUGACAUUGAGCGAGAUAGAGAUAGCGAGAGUGAGACAGAGUUUGCAAACAUCAACAAAAACAAAGAGAACGGAAAAAUAUAGGUAACGAAAAAAAAAACCACAAUAUACACAAUGUCAAUUUUGAAUGACGUUUUAUUUUGAAAGCGAGAAGAAGAAAGGAAAAACGAAUGAAAUGACAAUUGGAAAGUCAACAAACGAGAAAAUGUGAAGAGAUUUAGAAUAGAUAACGAAUAAUGGGGCGAUGCAAGAGGGAAAGAAAAAUCCAGAGUAAAGUUAUAAUGGAUUAUGAAUGUUCCACUUAAAAUUGGAAAAUAGAGUCACGUUAACAAAUAAAGAAUAUUUUACUAAAAAUGCUAAUUCUAAAGUGAAUCUAUGUAUAAAUCUAUAUUAGUACCUUCUGUUCUGUUCUCUUCUGAUUGCUUUUUGGUUCGCUUUGUUUCGAUAAAGUUCAAUAUCUAUUCGUUCACUAUCAUUUGAACUCCUACUCGAUUUUCCACUGUUCGCGCACACUAGAUAAUAUAUAUUUUUUUACGAUUAUUUUCUGAAAUGAUUCACAAACUUUUCGUAUUUUCACCGUUUUCAUUUUCGUUCGAGCAAUUCUCAGAUGUACAAAGUUAAAUAAGGUUACCAGCAUCAAUUUUCGAAUUGUAUGAAUCCAGUGUCGAAAUUUGUUGUUCUAACUGAAUGCACACGAAAGAUAACGUACAUUCAAAUCGACAGUUUCGUUUAACAGCACCAUGUAGAGACGCUUUGCUCAAUAUUUUCCUUUCAUUUUUUUUUCUCUCAACUUUUUUCACACUCGUCGUUUAACACAAUCACAUUAUUUUCCUUACAAACGAAAUGGAAAUUUAUAUGAUGAUACUUUUUUUUCGGUGCAAUUAAAACACAUCUUGCGUUUGAUGGUAAUAAUUAUUGUGCUUUCGGCAAAACGUGAAUAUGUUUCAUACAUGAGAUGCCUCUGAUUUUACAUUAAAACACAAACUAAGUGAAUUGUUCAUGUGCCGCAAGCAAAAUGCAUAUAAAUACACAAAGUGGAAAAUCGUUUUACUUCCGUUUUCGACGUAUUUAUCUUUUAUUGUGAUUGAAACGGGCGCAAUGUACAUGAUACACGUAUCACAUAUUUGGCAUCUUUCUGCAGAUGAAAAAAAAACGAAAGAGAUUACAUUUCAUGUUCCAUUUUAUAUUUUGCUGGUUAUUUUUCGCUCUAUCCAACCAUGAAGCGUUGUCGUCAAAUUGUCUUUUUGAAUUUUAGGAACUAUAAAUUAAUAAGAAAACAACAUCAAACAAAAAAAUAAUAUAUUUAGCAGAAUAAAGAUUUAAAUAGCAGAAAAAAAAUAAUAAAAUCGCUUGUUUAAGCAGAAGCACAAAUAUUUUGAAGCAGAAAAAAUCUCUUCCUGCGAAAAAAAGAUCUUUUUUCGCAGAACAGUGUGGAUGCGAGGAAGAAGAACAAAUUACUAAAAAUGGUUCAUGCUGCAUACGGCGAAUAGAGACCAGUUUUUUUUUAUUCGAAAUCAAAGUUAGACGAAUGUAACUCAUACAGACAUGCUAUCAAACAAUAUUUCUAUUUUUAGAUUAGCCUAAGCAAGUGUAUUUAGAUAAGUCAAUUAAUAUGAACCAUGUUGUAAAACCUUUCGGUAAAAAUAAGGGUAUUACACCAUUUUUUGGGGAAAAGUGAGAAUUACCAUUCAUAUUUCUAACAACAAUUAUCUACAUACUAUUAUAUCAAAGACAUAGCAGUUCGAAUUUCUUGGAAUUUAAUAAACAACUCAUUUUCAUAUCCAAAUUUUACUCUAUACUUCUUCAUAUACUAUAUACAUAUAUUUGUUUUCUCUUCAAAGAAUUAGAAAUAUUGACAUAUUUUUCUUUUGAAAAAGAUAAGAACAAAGGAUAUCAUAAGAAUAAACAACAAAGGAUAUCAAAUGUUUACUGAUUAUUAAAUAUCAUAUCGUAUUGAUACCUCAGAUAUUAUGAAAACACGUUUAAAACACAUCAUAACAUAUAUAAAGUUCCAAGCAGACAUCUCAAAACCAAAACAAACAAUAUUAUAACAUAAAAUAUGUGUGUGUUGUUUAGAUUAAAUACAUUAUAUAUAUAAAAAAAAAAGAGAAAUAUUAAAUAGAAAGCCAAAGAUCAAGCGAGAGAGAGAGACAUAACACGCGGCCCAUCACACACACUUCUCGGUGAAGCGGCUUAAAAAUUAUAUUGUAUAUAAAUUAUAUUGAAAAUAAUAUAAAUCAUCAUGGUACUGAGUCUAUAAUCACCUGACUAUUGCAAGUAAAAUUGUAAAUAAGAGAGAUAAUUUAUGAAUAAUAAAUAUAUAUAUUCCUCUAGGGGAAUGCAAAUAACAUUAAGGGAAUUACUAUAUACAACCACACAUACAAACACAGAGAGAGAUAUAAACACAGGGUCAAUAUUUUCAAAAACUUGAUCGUAAUAAAACUUGUAGCUUUCUCCACUUUCUUGUGUGUGCGAAUUCACUCUUUUCAUAUUCGUAUUGGCAUGACCUUAAUGGCGAGAUUUAUGUGCAAAAUAUUUAAUCGCAACAUGCAUUUUCUCGCAAAACCAAACCAAAUAUGCGAAUUGUAUGCGAAGCGCUGAAGUAUUAUUAAGUAUUUCGAAACGAGUCAAGUUUUCCAUUCAACUCUUCUGAAACAUUACAAUGUUUAUACAGACUAGUUGAAUGGUAUGGCAAACACACAUCGCCAUGGAAAUAUUGGGCGAUGGUGAUGGUAAGACAGCGCUUUUUCGGUUUUUCCAUAAUCAAUCAAUGUUAUUAUGUUUUUGAACAUUUUGACUCUGAAAAUAUAUCGACAAUGUUGAGGGAUUUAAGAGUAUCGUUUAAAACUGUGCAUGAAUUAUAUAUUGCUUGGUUGAACAUUAAAAUGUAAGCAAUAUAUUUCGCGUCUAUCGGCAACUGUACGAUGUGAAUAUCAAUAUAUAUGUAACUGAAAUGGUUAUUUGUAUAUAAGAAAAUGCAAGUAAAAGCCGAUAAUAAUCUGAUUAUAUAUCACUCUCGGCCAAGUUUGAUUGAAAUGACAUUGAAAACAACACGUACUACGUAAACGAUACUAACAGAUAAAUUGCGUUUGAAUGCUCGUAAAAUGCACAAAAAAAUGAAUUGUUGAACUAUUUUUCAAAUAAAAAAAAAUAAUAUUAAAAAAAACCAAACAUAUUAUAUUAUAGCUCCAGAUGUGUCAUGUCUCUUCAUGUACUAUUUAUUAACUAUGUAUUGACAAAAAAAAAUGUGCAGAAAUAGUAUUUUCACAAAAUGUUGUUCGUAGUUUGUACUAUGUUUCAAUUGGUGUCUAAAUUUCCAACGAACUUGGUACAUGAGCCAUUUUCUCGAUUUUCAUGCGCACCAUGAAAUUGAGAUAUGGAACGAUACCGCUUCAUACCACUGAAAAUGAUGAAAAUCGCUCAUCCACAUUAACAUAACAUUGACAAUUUGUCCUUAACUAAAAUUCAAUAUAGUUUCAUAACAUUUUCUUGGGUUUUGCGGUAAAUGGGAGAAUUUGAACAAAACAGAAAUUAAAACAUAAAUGACUCCGUCGAGCCAAGGACUAUAGCAUUUUAUAAAAGCCUCCGUUGUGGUCAUUGUGCAUAUGCUAAACAACAUGGAUUGGGUUUUGAACACUCUAAACACUCUCACCACAUCAAAUUUAACGAACAAAUUCCUGGGCAUACAUGACUCAUUUGUUGCGUUAUCAUUCGCCCGUCUCCGUCACCAUUGCCGCCAUCGCACUAAAGCUGAUGAUAGGCGACGACAGCAACUAUUUUCACGACAUAUGAUGUACAGUUAAAUUGCAUUUUUGCUGUCAACUGUCAUUAAUUUCAUUUUCAACCGUUUGUAAUAUACAUUCUUGGUGUGAGAGAAAGCGAUAAAGAAUGACAGAAGAAAAGAAAAAAUGCCCCAUCGUGUUGUCACAAGACCUUUAUAUUCAUAACCAUUUUCCCCUAUGUGACUGAUAAAUGAUAAGUUUUUGAUCUUUUAAUGAUUUAAAAAACAACGUGAUUUAUAUAAAGAGCAAACAUUCGAUAAACUUAUGUUUACUUUGCCAGUUACAAAUCGUGCCAUAUAUAAUUGCAGACGCAAUUCUAAAUUCAUUUCAUGUGAGAGUUGCCGAGAAAAUCCGUUUCACCUUGGUACACAUGAGGUCGAGGGGUUGUAGAGCACUCAAUCCACACAUUCUUCUCUCUAAUUUCCGUUUCUCUAUGACAAUACCAUUGCACUCGGUGAAUGCAUCUAAUACAGUUGGUGUGGAACCACUUGAAUUUAAUUCGAUAUUUCAACAUCUUACUGAAAAUACAGCAGAGAAGCCUAUUAAAAUCUCAACCAGAAUGCUUACUCUCUCACUUCAAACAGGUGCAUACUAUAAAUAUUGUGAUUUCCCCUAUAUCUUUGGUUCAAGCAUCAAAACAGAACAUCAUUUCAAACACAAACACACACACACAUUUAAACAUAUAAGAUUAGAAAUGAUAUAUUUUCAAGAGGAAAAAAUUGAGAAUUGAAACAAUGCCAACGUUUGAACAGUGACUUAUGGUCAAAAGAUAUAUAAUAUAGAAUAAAAAUGUGACCGUAUUUCGAUUUUAAGUUUUCUCUUCUUCUCCACUUUUUAUUGUUGGCAUUGUUUCACACGUAACUUCGCCAAUUCAAUUUACAAAUAUACUUUUUAAAAGAAAAUGAGUAAAAAAAAGAGAUGUCAAUAAUAAUAAAUUUUAGAGCCAAUCAAACCUCUUUAAUCUAGUCGUUAAUUGAACUGUUUCUUACGUGUCAAAGUUCACCAAAAACAUAAUAAUAAAUAAACAUUUAUAUCUGGAUCGAGAUAAAAUACGUACAUGGAAUAAAUGGAAUGCAAAACUUGGUCAUACGAACAAUUUCGAUUAAGGUGCCAAUGCCAAAAUACAGAUGUUAACGUUUUAAAUUCGUAUGCAUUAAUGUUAAGUAUCCCAAUUUACGGCGUAUGGCUCAACACUUUUCGAAACUGUUUAUAUGACUAUCAUUUGAUAAUGUGCCAAGAGACUUCGAGUCUAUGUGUGAUUAACAAAUGUAAACAAAGUUAAAAUGGAUUGGAUGGUCUAUAUGUUUUGCAGAGGUGUUUCACCCUCUUAAUCAAAAGAAAAGACAAUUUAUUGAAUGU